CACACACACACACACGUAUCCUCGGGUUCUCAGUGCACAACGACGACGUCACAUUGAUUUUUUGUGGAGGUGGCAAUCUGUAAGGCAUUUCACUCAGUAAUGACAAGAAUAACUAAGCUCUUAGAUUCGCUGUUGUCCUAUUGAUAACUAACGCAUAACACGCCACGAUAACAGUCAAAUGUCAGUGUUUGUCUGACAUGAUGAUUACAAAGAGUCCGAACACAAAUUACAACACGACACGUGCGCAGACUGUCACUGUCGUGUUCAUCGAACACGGACUGAGCGAUGGGGCCAAUACCGGCGGGAACGAAUCGUUAUUUUCAGGACAAAAACGUAAAAAAUAUAUCUAAGCACUUUCAAGCGAGUCGGUGUUUGUGUCAAUUCUCCAUGCGAGACGUCCAGUAUGAGUAUUGACCGUAGACGGUCAUGUCGCACUUCCACAGAGACAUGAUCAUAUCUGUCAUCAUGACACCUGUGCUGUGCUGUUUUGAACGAAGCAGGAACUUGGGACCUACACCCUAUUUCGGUUAUUUUCGGUUUCACUCAGUCUCAUUAAUUAAUUUAGAAAUGAAUUCAUUCAUUCCUGCUUAAUUACAUGCGAGUGGCAAAAACUUGACGCUGAAACGCGGAGCUGGGAAAGAUUUGUCUCGUGACUCGGCGAGUGACGGCUGUCCAUAAUCAUUAUUAUGCCACGCGGGCCUGCGCGUGAGUCUGAAUAAAGAAGAAACUGCACGCAGCACGGGCUAACAACAUCUGUAUUUGUUUUCCCCCUAGAACGUUGUUAUUUAUUAUUCUGGCCAGCUGAUGUCACCAUAAUUCUCUACUUCGCGGGUUUCUACAGUACACCCACUCCUCCCCGCAUCACUGUAAACUCGGAUGGAUGACUUCACUCUUGCGACUGGAUUUCCUUCAUUGUCCCGGGAUCUCCCAGCCUUCCCCACCAGACCCCUGCGAGCGCGCGCAGCACGACAGCAGUUCCUCGCGCGACGCGGGCGGUGGCUGGUGGUCCCGUGCUCCCGGCUCCGGCUCCGUCCGUGACUCGCAUCCCGCGCCGCCUCCAGCAGAAGGGAGUUACAAAGCGACAGAUUAUUGUUUCGUUGCUUGCCUUUUGGAGGCUGCACUCUCCAGUCGUGUGCCGUGAUGUCCGAGGUCCUGCCGUACAGCGAGGGCAAAAUGAACGGCUACGCGGCGGAGAGCGACGUGAACCAGAUCUCCUUCAGCUGCGGGCUGCAGGACACCAAUUCCUUCUUUGGGGCAUCGCAGGCAAAAAGGCCCCCCAAACUUGCUCAGAUCGGCAGAGCCAAGCACGUGGUCAUCGAAGACGACCGAAUACACGAGGUGCUCAAAGGAAUGUCGGACAAAUCACGAGCCGGUGUGUAAACACAAGUGAUGCCUUCAGUGUUUUUUCAUCACAUUUACAUCAUGAUCACCUGCUGGACACACUUGUCGGAUGCUGAGUUGUGAAGGAUUGCAAGGGAGCACAAAGCGCUUGGCGAUGGAGAACGCCGGAUUAGAAGAACACAGGAAGAGACAGGGGGAGGGAGAGAAAGAGAGAGAUCGAGCUAUUGUUGUUGGCAUUUCACCAGACAAAACGCAAAUUUAGACCACCGCUGCACGAGACGCUGCUGGUCCGCGCAGCGACACACGGCGAUGGACGCACUUUACCAUUUCUUCAGCACAUUCUUCCAGAAAGGGCCCUGUAUGCAACUGCGACGACCACAGAAACAUGUCCAGGUGUGCUGAUCGCCAUCAGCCCGUUUCUACCCCUGCAGAGUGUGAGACGGGCUGGCGACGCUGCGCACGGAGAAGACGGAGCUGCGAAACUGCAACAUUCGCGACGCCGCGUCGUGCAAAAACAAAGAAAACCCCCAGCGACGCGUGUAAAAUAAGACAGGCCACAGCCGAGAAUAAUCUGCGUUCUUUGUUAUACAUGAACACUUCUUUUUUGCAUUCGUUUCUGGCUCUGCCAAUUUUUGUGUGUUUAAACGGUAUAUUUACGGCAAAAAAUAGCGUAGAUAUAUGUUUUUUCCAGCACCGUCGUUGGACAGUUAAACGUAGAGAAGGGACGACGAACACGAGAGGCGAUUUAUUACUCUCUCUCUCUCUCUACAUAUAUAUAUAUAUAUUUAAAAUAAUGACACACAACCGAACGUUUUCCAUCUGUUUCGCAUGACGGUUUGCUCCGGUGCCAAAACGAAAGGGCAUUUUCACCGCUCAUUACAGCGCGUACUGUGUUUUUUUUUUUUAAACAGAUUUCAUAUGUGUAUUUUUAUAUCUAAUUUCAAUCUGUUUGUUAUUUUAAAAAAGCUCAUACGCCAGUGUAACGUUUACAGUCCACCAAGGAGAGUGUGCUCAGAUUGAGACGAAAAAAAAAAAGGCCAUGAUCUGAAAUUUUAUUUUCAUUAGCUUGUUCUGUCAAGUAUUUUACUUUAAGAUUUCUUGAUGUGUUUUUGCACACGUAAUUAGUAAGCUGUUAUUAUGAAGCAUGAAAUGGGUAGUGUUCACGAUUUUACAGUCCGUAACGGUUCAUCAGCAUAUCUACUUACAUCUAUGUAAUAACGGCUAUGUAUGUAUAAAGUUGUUUAUUAUGUGACUAUUUUGUACCGUUCUUAAAGACUAUCAAGCCAUUAUUUGAUGUGCAUGAUAUCUAAAUAUUUUCAAUACAUUUAUGAAACAGAAAUGGAAAUUCUGACAUUCUAAGAAUGAUAAAUUGUAUAUUAUG